GAUUAGUUGCACUAGUCAAACUGCAAGGAAGCCACCAGUAUUCUCGGUCGGACUGGGGUGGUUUGGGUGCACGACUGUAGUCUCUCCAGGAUGUGAAUCUUUGUUUCCUCAGGCCCUCAUGAUGUUGGCGCAGUGCGCCUGGAAGUGUGCAAGCUCCCUGCUGCUCGUGGCACUGCUCUGCUGCAUCCUUUCUCCUCCAGCACAAGCCAGCAGGAGCUCAGAGGACAUCCGCUGCAAGUGCAUCUGUCCCCCGUACCGGAACAUCAGCGGGCACAUCUACAACAAGAAUGUGUCGCAGAAGGACUGCAACUGCCUGCACGUGGUGGAGCCAAUGCCGGUGCCAGGGAAUGACGUGGAGGCCUAUUGCCUGCUGUGCGAGUGCAAGUACGAAGAGCGCAGCACAACCACCAUCAAGGUGAUCAUCAUCAUCUACUUAUCUGUGGUGGGGGCACUGCUGCUUUACAUGGCUUUUCUUGUGCUCGUGGACCCUCUGAUCAGGAAGCCAGACGCCUAUACCCAACCCCUGCACAAUGAGGAGGAGAACGAGGAUGCUCGCUCGUUGGCCACAGUCCCCACGCCGUCUGGUGCCAGAGCCAACACGGUGCUGGAGAGGGUGGAGGGAGCCCAGCAGCGCUGGAAGCGCCAGGUGCAGGAGCAGAGAAAAACCGUUUUCGACCGCCACAAGAUGCUGAGCUAGACGAGCAACUACGUAGCCCCACUUCCCAAGGGACAGAGUAGCUCAGUUGCUAGAGGUGGGCACUAGCGCAUCCUUCAGGACAUCCGUGGUGUUUGACUGAAAGCUCAAACCCUCUCAGAUACUACAGCCAGAGGGGCAGGCCAAAGCACUUCUGGUUUUGUCCCCCUGUCUUCUACAUCUCUGCCCAGAGGCUCCUUAACUCUUGCUCACUGGUACCUGCACUGCCUGUUGGCCCCACUCCUGCGUGUAAAUGGUUGUUUGCAGAGCUGCUGCCCCAGCUAAGCAGCCCACGUGUGCAGGGACUGCAGCUCCAGUGCUCUGUGCUCGCCCUGGCGCCUCAGGUGCUACCUACUGGGACUGAAGCCUCCAUCGUCCCCUCCCCACUUCCCCCUUUAGAGGAGGAGUCUUGCUAUGAAGCGCUCUACAUUGGCCAAGUCCACUGCUGGCUUCAGUGGGAUAAAAUUGAUUUUACUCUGUGCUCUGUCUCUCAGCUACCCUCCACUACGGUGCUGUCACAUGACAGUCUGCUGAAAUCUGUAACCCUCUGGUAGCGGGUGGCACUUCUGUGAUCUCAGAGAAAGCAUUUGGAGAGCAGCACUUGUACAGCCUGUUUAGGGAGCAAAAAAAAAAUAGGUAUGAGGGAACAAAGUUACCAUUUGCCCACCUCCAACACUAAGAGGUSGAUGUGCUUUGGGUCAGAGCCAUUCUUACUGUGUAGUUCUAGGACCCCCAACACCUGACCACAAACUACAAGACCUUCUAGUGUAAGAGCGUGACGCUGCUCCCUGCAAGGCAGUCAUUGCCUCCAUUCACACUUGCCACAGAUGCCUUCUCUAAAAGAUGCUACUYGGGGAUGAGGAGGCCUCCUUCUGUAGCGGGCAGUGAUGUGAAUUCAGCACUUGUCUGCUGAGCAGAAAUCCAGGGGGGUUCUGCUGUCUUCAGCGGAGCUUCUCCAGAUUUAUACCAGUAUAACUGAGAUAGCAGCUGGUUCUGUGCAUGGUGGAUGUCACAAAACUAUUAAUACAUUCACAGGGAAGAGACCAACAGGCAAACAAAGCGAUUUACAUUUUAGAUUUCUGUUUCUCCUGGCUUGUCAGUGGCUAAAUAACACAUGGGGGGAAAGCAUUUCCUUUGUCCCCACUGUAAUGCCCCUUGACGCUGUCACAGUGUGUCAAAGAGAACUGGGACAGUGGCUUUACUGGGGUAUCGGAUACACUUCCUAACUGGGUCUCAGGACCCCGGAGAGGCAACACUUGUGCUUUUAAAAA